ACUCCGUGCAAAGGAGAAUCCCUCUCUUUCUUCGGGUACUCCGUGGAAUCUUUGGAACGAAGACGACCCGAUCCCGUCUCCUUGCCCUCCUGAGUCCGAUCGCCGAAGCUACCUCGAUCGCGGUAACCCUAGCUCAUGGCCUCCUUCCCCUCCACCAACGCCGCCGGCUCCGAUCCCUCGUCUGGCGCCCUUUCCCCACGCGCCGCCCGCCACCCCUGGACUCACGUCGUUGGCGGUGAUCCUGAGGCUUCUGCCACCGUCCCGCCUUCCCCAACCUUCACGCCGCUCCCGCCGCCGGCCGCGGUGAUCCCCUCCGCCGUGUCCUCCGAUCGAUUCCCCCAGAAGCCGCCGCCGGAGGACGUGGUUGCAUCGUCGACAUCGGAAGCCACCGCCGGAGUGAAGAAACCGGUCUGGAAGCGGCCACCCAAUGGCUCGAUCCACAAGGGCGCUGCCGUGAUGGGUGGUGCCGCCUCCUGGCCCGCCCUCGCGGAAUCCGCCAAGGCCGCUUCCAAAUCUCAGCCUUCCGAUGCUUUGAGAAUCCUUUCAGAUGGACCAGUCCCUGUGCCCUCGGUGAGAUUUCCAGAUUUGGGGCUUCUUGUUUCAAAUUCUUCACCUGAGCCAAACCCAAGUCCAACUUCAACCCUAAACUAUGUGACACCUGAACGCCAGAAAUCAAUGAAACGUAGCGGCAGCAGUGGCGGUGGUAGCAGUGGUAUAUCCGCCGAUGGUGGGAUGCCGUUGCUCUCACCACCACCGACUUCAGGACCUAUGCCUAAGAGGAACCUGGAUAAGCAGGCUCCCAUGGAACUCUCACCUCUGGACCAAACUACCAAGAACACCACCAAUUGGGACCAUGGUUCCAGGGGAGGUGGGUUGGGAUCACAGGCCCAUGGUAGUGGCGAUCACCAUAGAGGCUAUGGUCGCAAUCGGAAGUUGAACAAUGGUGGUGGUGCUGGGUCUCACCAGAACAACUCUGGCAAGCGCUAUGAUGGAUAUCAUAGGAAUGCUGGUGGCAGAGAUGUCCACAUUCAGCAACAGGGUGCCCGGCCCCACCUCCGGUUACCUGUGCCGCCUGUGGCAGCCCCACUCCUCAGCCUUCCUCUGCAAGUCCAACCUUUUGGGAACCCCAUGCUAUAUCCUGAUAUGCCUUCUCCUAUCUUUUAUGUUGCCACUCAGCCACCUCCCGGGGUUGUGCCCUUUGUUCCUCAUCCGUCAAUUCCUCCUGCAAUGUUUGUCCCAGCAAUCAAUCCACAGCGUGCAAGUUUGUUGAAUCAGAUAGAUUACUAUUUCAGCUCUAAUAAUUUGUGUAAAGAUGUUUAUUUGCGGCAGAACAUGGAUGAGCAAGGAUGGGUUCCCAUAUCCUUGAUUGCUGGAUUCCCUAGAGUCAGGCAAUUAACAAACAACAUAGACUUUAUACUGGAGACAGUGCGGUCAUCAACUGAAGUGGAAGUACAGGGUGAGAAAAUAAGAAAGCGUAAUGACUGGAUGAAUUGGGUUCUGCCACCAAUUGGACUAGAGGGGACUGCUGACCGGAGUGGCAUGAAUGUACCAAAUGUUAGUGAGGUAUUAUUACUCAGUAGAUCAGCAUAUAGGAACCGGAGUCACGACUUUACAAGUGGCCAUCAAUCAAAAAUGGGAUAAUAUGGAGUAAGACAUUUGAUACAGAUUCAGAUUGGGUCAAAUCUGAUGGAAGUUUCUUCAGGAGUGACAUGCGAUGAGGUACAUACACUCCACAAAUCGAGGAGUGACUUGCAAAAUUACUUAUUGUCUGUAGGGCAUGCCAGAGUUUGAAAGUAUCAUCUCAGGCUGAAGAGAAAAAAGACAUUCGAAAAGAAGUUAAAGAAUUGAGAGGAGAAAGGGAAACAAAAGAAGCUACAUUUAAGGGGUGGUCCCAUACAUGCACAGACGGAGCAGACGGUGAAUUACUCUACUGUUCCUCAGUUAUUUUUGUUUGUGAAACAUUUCUUUCUCGAAGAGGAUCUGAAGUAUUCUCAAUUCUGAGCUCCGAGGAUGGAAGUACGUAGUUCGGAGCUCCUGAGUUGCUUAUUUUACUUUCCCAAUUUGUUUAUUUUCUCCAUUGGAAAGAAAGAUAUUACUCUUCUUUGUUAUUCAUAAAAUUUUGCCACAUAAAUUCUCAGCACGUCUGAGACCAAGACACCGUAUUUCUGAUUCUUAUAGAGCUGUUUGUUGCCUGGUGGAUAUGGUUCAUGGA